GCGCGCAUGCGCAGUAUUACUCUAUGACAAUUUCAGUUUACGAUACAGUGUGGAUAGUCUUGAAGAUUAGGUCACGUCGAGUAGGGUUGAAUAAAGUUGAAUUGGGUGAGUCGAAACGUUACGACAUUAUAUACCACUGUGAAAGACACAACGGUGUUACAUUAACAAUACACAACGUUCUGUGUGGGUGUGGCACGAAGCUCAGAAAUUACUUGGGGUGCGGUUAAUACCGUGGGAUAACCGUCGGAUAAAUAAGUAGAUUCUCUUAGUCAGAGUUUCGUCGAGAAACAUCGUUUAAGAUCGAGGAGAAAUAAUAUAAGAUUAAGGGAAAGCAUAAGUUUGUAAGAGUCCGUCAUGAAGAAGAGAAGUUUAUCGGGAAAUAUAGGAAUAGGUGUGUUUUUAAUUGCGUUUAUAUGUGUAUGCAUAGCCUUUGGCACGCCCGCAUGGUUAGUGAGUGAUUAUCGAAUCACCAGUGCUCAACUCGAUAAGUUAGGUCUUUGGAGUCAUUGCUUCAGAUCUUUACCAAAUCCUCGUGAAGCAGAUGCACCGACUCGCUUUUUUGUUGGCUGCAGAUGGGUCUACGAUCCAUUCACGAAAGGUUAUUCAGAAAUUCGUGGUUUUCUAUUGCCUUCAUUCAUGAUAGCCACACAAUUCUUUUUUACGUUCUGUUUUUUGCUUAGUCUAAUAUCCUUUGUAUGUGUUUUAUUGUAUGCCUUGUGUUGCGAUCAAGAACAGAAACUAUAUGUAGAACUUAUCAGGCUCAUCGGGUACAUGGUAUUAGUUGGUGGCAUUAGCGGUUGCAUCGCCGUUAUUAUAUUUGCCUCUCUUGGAAAUGCAGAAGGAUGGAUGCCUGGUCAUACAAAUAAUUAUCUGGGAUGGUCCUUUGCUUUAGGUGUAAUAGGCAGCGUACUCUUGCUUAUAGCAAGUGCUUUGAUUCACGUUGAAGCAAAUGUUCAACAGAAAAAGCGUAAAUAUAUUACAGAAUCUCAAACUAAAUUUCAACUUGAAUCUCGUACAUAAGUAAAACAUUAUAAGUGUUUUACUCGUAGAAAUAUAUGAAUAUUUUGUAUCUGUAAACUUAUCAAUAUGAUUCCGUCCAUUUAGAAACAAAAAUAAGGUUAGGUUUAUACACACACACACAUUUUUUUAUAUAUAUAAAUAUAUAUUUUGCACACUAGAUUAUUUAUAAAAAUUAAGAUGCUGAUAGAAGGUUUAUACGUAUAUUUUUAUAUUAUAUUUUACUAAUAUUUAGAUGAAAACAGGGAAUGAAUAUCUUUCUAAGGAUAUAUUGUUUUGUAUAUAUAUCUUUUUUAUAGAUAUGUGUACCCUUUAACAAAACUGCCUUUAAAUACAUUAAGAGAGACUAUUUGAGCUGUUUAAAGGAGGCAAAAAAUUUGUCAAAAAAUCCUUUAAUUUCUAUUUUAACUCUACUCAUAUUUUUGUUAUACUUAUACAGAUAUUUUUUAUGAAUUGCAAUACAUGUAUUCUUUUGUUGCAUGUUUUGUUGCAUUAUUCAGUAUUGUAAGCAAAAAAUUGUAUGCCUGAUAGGAUAUAAUACAUAAUACUAAUAUGUAAAUAUACGAUACAUGAAUUUUUGUAUAACAACAUUUUAUAAUGGCAAUAUUUUUAAGCUAAAAAAAUACAACGAUAAUAUAAUCUCCGUUCAAG